AUGCGAUCAUUUUUCCUGGCGGGCACUUUCAUUCGAAAGGAGCCUUGCUUCCUGGGAAGUGCCGCCAUGGAGGUCAGCGAAUCAAGAAGCUAUUCGUUUAACGAUGUCUUCUGUCGCAAACCACCACACACUGAUCACCACACACUGAUCACCAGGGGCUCUCUCAAAGAUGUCGUUCAGUCCUUUGCGAAACCUUGUCUCCAGGGCAUCGUUUCCGGUCUUGCAGCCCUUGAUCAGUUGCUGGUGUUGUUGAAGGCCGAUAAAACGCGGGCCCUCGAGGACCAGCACGGCGGCAUUGCUGAAACUCUUGGGGUAGCUGGUCAGGCACCUGUGGUCGAGGCGCGGCUCGAGGACCGAUUUACCGAGAAUGACCAGCCGAUGGACUGGAUGGAUCAGAUUGCAAUGUCGAUGGGAACCUCUGACGACCACAUAGAACGAAUGAACUGUAUCAGAACUCGCGCGCUCAUGUUCUGUCGUCGAGAUUGCUACUUCGGCCUUCGUUUCGCCAACUCAACAUCAGUCGCCUCCAGAGAGUAG